AUGACCCACUCUCGCUUAAGUGAUUCGUACCCGGUGGCCACACUUCCACGGGUGGCCAAGGUGUCAUUGGAGGAGAGAGCGGUGGUCCUGCCCCUCAUAUCACCAGACUCGCUGGUCAUAGACUUGGGGAUAUCCAAGUCGAUCAUUGCAUCUUACCUCAUCAAGCCGUCGCCCAAGUUGGUGUGGCUGUAUCCACUCUCGCCGAAAACCGUGGUUGAUGCCAUGGACACCCUGGUGGUGGACAAUGUCAAGCGGUUUGCCGUGGGUAUCCACACUGGGGACAAGGCGAAGUUGUUGGUGCUCACUCACAACGAGGCGGACCCCACGCUGGCGGCUCCCAUAGAAACCGACUUGACUUCCCAGGUGAAGGAAGUGAAGUUCGAUGAUAGCGAGAUCACGGUGGUGUACGUGAACGGCUCCAUCGAACGGUUCGGAUUAGAAAACGACAAGGUGACGAAAGAUACCAAGAUGCGAAUGAAAAAUAGCGGUACCCUUGCAUUCUGUGAGUUUUUAACUUGGCAAAACCAGAAACUCGUGUUGUUGAUCUACAAAUCGAAGUCGAUGGUGACCUACCAGCUAGUCGCCAUCACCAAUAACCAAGUCUACGAGGUGGAAACUAAGAGCAUACAAACCGAGCACGACUUCCGGUGGGCUUACAACAACGGCUACAUCUACCAACUCAACGAGACCGACAAAUGCAUCGACAAGAUUUCCAUUGCCAAGUUCGACUCCGAAAAGUCCAUAUCAGUGGAGCCUUUACUUCAGGAGGGGGCGAGCUCCGCCAUCCACGCCCCUUGCAGCGACAGACUCGUGCUUUCGUCGGGGACGACUAUCUACAUUGUCAACUUCACCUACGGCGCGUUGUUGGAUUCGUACGUGUGCAAACUGUCCAGAUCUCACGCCAAUAAUGACGAGGUGGUCGUGAAGCGAGUGGUGCCCAUUAAGAGCUCGGGGAGAUUGGGGAAGACCGUCGCUGUCUAUCUUAACCUCAAACCUAAGGAUAAUAACGUCGACGUCAAUCUCAUUUCCGUGGAUCUUGGCACCAACCGGUUAACUGAGUGUUUGGGUAAAGCUAUCAUCAAGCCGAAUCAGGAUAAGUUCGCUGGCGUCAUGCCCAUCUUGACCGAGGAGUUCGCCGAACGGUCUGGGGAAGCUGGCCUGGAGCUAGACGAAGUAUUCAAAACCCUUCGCCAGUGCGCCGAAGCCAAGGAUGUGUACAAGUGGGAGCGGGUGCUCAUCCCUUACAUGAAAAACGAGUCUUGGGAACUGAUCAAGCAGCUGAUCUCGAAGACGAAGGCUCCCAAGACCAAAAAGGAGUACACGUUCCAGGAGAUGGAUGAAGAGACCGAUAGAGUUGUCGAUGUGAGAUUCAUCCAGAAGGUGGUGAACCUUGUGUUGCGUCAAAAAGAAGACGAACAGGUCGACUUUGUGGACGCUGACUUCUUCCCUGAGCACACCUUAAUGUAUUUAUUGACGCUGCCGGUAUUCCCCGUUGAGUUUACUAACGGGUUGCUCCAAUUAUUCUACGCUCUGGGCAACUUCACGUUGUUGAGACAAGCGAUCAACACUUGCCCUAAUCUCACCGUGCGUGAGCUUCUCAUCCAAGUCAAUAACGAGGUCGAUGACGAGGUGUUUGUCGACUUGAUAAAUCGUCUAUGCACCGAGUUCUCCAUGGGGCAAAUCACCACCACCUUUAAAGGUUUGGUGGUCGAGUUCCCCGACCAGAUUAACUUGGACAACCUCCUCGUGCGGUUGUUCAAGGUGCCAAGAAACAAGAACCUGCUUUAUCUCAUCGAGUCACUUGUCGACGUCGGUGGUUUGUUUAACUGGAACGAGACCACCGUCGAAACGCUCAAUGAGUUUAUCGCCGGCAAGAUCGACGCCCUCGUCCAGAACUCAUUCAACUUGACUUUGACUAAUCAAGUGUUGAUGGCGGCCAACCCCCCCAAACCCGCCCGGGGCCACAAGAAAAAGAAAAAGAAGGCCGACGCCGACAAACUAUCCGAGGUGGACCUGUUGUUGCUGAUGACGAGCCACAAUGGUUUGGAACUGGUCCAGCCCAUCGAAAUAAGCAAAAAGGUUCCUGCGUACUCGGUGGAGAAGUUGGCUUUUUAG